AUGGAGAAUAAACGCCACAUUUCAGCACGUUUACAACAACCACAGAGACUUGGUCUAGAGGCUGCCGCUGUGGUCUCAGGGUCCUUUUUGGCAGGCGCCAUGAUGAGCUUGUCUGCCUUCACGAUCCCCGUUUUCUUGGACACCAACAGCGAUGCCGCACAUAUGCUCCGUCAGUGGUCGCGGCUGUACCACUACGGCCACAUCUACCUGCCCGGCCUGUCCGUCACAACAUGUGGGCUCUAUGUGUCCGCAGCGAUCGGCGCCAAGAAUCGUUCAGGCAGCCAGCGCGGGCAAUCGCCAUCACCACAGAACUAUCUCCUAGCCGCGGCGACGACGCUCUGCAUGGUGCCCUUUACAUGGUUGGUCAUGGCCCCCACCAACAACGUGCUGUUCGGCCUAGAGGGGUCGCGCAACGGGACGGCGGAUUUGGGUCCCGCGCGUGAUUUGCUGGCAAGGAUGUUGACCGUCAGCAUGCAGUCCAAUGCCAGUGUUGAUCUGAACAAGACCAUGUGUAUUGUUUCGUACCUUAUGGUGAUGUAA